GCUCCUCGGGGUGAGUGUCACUAUGUGAGCCCCACAGGAAGUGUGACCUCAUUCCACCGCUCAGCCUCUGGUUUCGCAGGCUGUUUUUGAAAGAAAACAAGCGCGGUUUGAAACGCUGACUUUCCCAAGAGCUGCGUGCUCUUCUAUUCUAGGAAACAGCCGAGAGAACAAGAGGUGGCCGAAGACAAAGCUUCUCUGCAAACGCCUGCACGCGGCGGUGUGUGCGGGCGUCUCUCAGGAGGGGAAGAUGGGAUUUCCCUUCGUGAGGAGACAUCUGCACCUGUUGACACUCUGACAUUCUUUCCAGCUGAAGAACUGCUAAGUCCUGGAUUUCUGCACUGACUGUCAGACCCAGGAAGCUUCGUAUUUCAGUAACUAUUUCAUUAUCUACCAGUUGGAAGGAAGACUGGGAACUCCCUUUGGAAAGAACAUACAAAUGAAAUCUAUGAAUGUGUAAAUCAAAUGCUUUGAUUUGGAGAUCAGUCCAGGAAUGCCAGAAAGGUCUCCUGACUUACCUAGAGAAAAAUCUGUGAAGUUUGAACCAGCAGCUUUCCCAAAAUGUACCGAAUAUCUCAACUGAUGUCAACACCAGUGGCAAGUCAAUGUUCUUCCGGGUCCGACAGAAAAUAUGCUGGAGAGCUGUCUCCCACGUGCAUUUUCCCAAGUUUUGCCUGUGACUUCCUGGAUGGUGACAGUUCCUUUGACUGCUGCUCCACAGACCCCCUGACGGGCUCCUACCUUCCCUGUCGCCGAAGUCCCAGGCUCCUCACCAACGGCUACUACAUCUGGACAGAAGACAGUUUCCUCUGUGACAGAGACGGCCACAUAACUCUGAGCCCGUCCCAGACCAGUGUGAUGUACAAGGAGAACUCGGUUAGGAUAUUUAGAAAGAAAAAGAGAAUUCGCCGUUCGUUCUCUUCUCUCUUCGAUCUCAGAGCCUCUAAAUCCUGGCUGCAUGGAAGUAUCUUUGGUGAUGUCGACUCUUCCCCUGCUGAGGACAUCUGGUUGGAGGGAGUCAGCAGGCUGGACAUGCACCAUGGCAACGGAAAUGGAGGGGACGGUGACGGUUCUCCGACCGACGACUGGGAGUGGGAGAAGCCGGGAGCAGAGCCUGUGGACGCCUCCUCUUCGGGCCCCGUCGCGCCUGAGACUCCCAGGAAAGGUUCCCACGGCUCGUCCCUGCAGUCCCAGCUGACGGCUUCUGACCAUCUCCAAGGGGACGUUUUGGAUCAUUCGAAACCCAGUUUGUUGGGAGAGAUCUCUUUUCAGACAGUUCUGCUUGCUGCAUGCUUGAUCCUGUCUGCAUGUGCAAGGUGGUUUCUGGGCGGGAUGCUCGCCAGCGCCAUCACCUGCUCCUGCAUCGUCACUGUUGCUUAUGUUGUCAAGUUACUGUUUCUCAGCCUCGCCAGCUUCUUCAGAGCCACCCCCUGCACUAGGAGAAUGUCGCCUGUGUUGUCAUCAUUUAGACAAAGAUGACAGUCAUCCGAAACCUGGGACUUUGUGCUGAGUGAGCGUGGCAUCGACUGCAUACAGGAAAGGACCAGAUCGUUUGUCCCGAAGAUGACUUCCUGUUAGCACAGAAAUCUAAUAGUCUUGUCUUCCUGUGUCUAAAUUCUUACAUCAGAAUACAUAAAAUUCACUUUUAAGGCUGUGGGACUUAGGGAAUCAUGUGAAUUUUAAAUUUUUAAGUAGUAUUAAAGGUCUUUUAUAGAUUCAGAGCACCGCAUUUUAACAAGGGCUCCUACGAAGAAGACUUUUUCCUACAGUUUCUCAAAUAACCAGCAAAUGGCCCACGGAAUGGACUCAGUUACAAACCGCGGUGUCUCCACUGUCUCUCAGGCACUCAGCAAUCCCCCUGCAGCCUCACGGCCACGCGUUAGCGUAUUUCAAAGGGUGACUGGGGUCUGGGUGAGAGGCUCGCGGAAUUCCAAGCAGCCUGCAGAGCAGGAUCUGCUGCGAGAUGGAUUGGGUUAAUUACCGUCAACACGGCAGGCAGCUGCUGGAGGCCAACUCCCAGAGCUGGGAGACUGAGGUCUGUGACUCAGAUCAGUUCACAGGCCUUUGCUCCUGCACCGGGUCGCCCCUAUUUACACACUCGCGGUUAAUUCUGAAAUCACCGUGAUGCCGAGGGGAGGUUUAUUUUGUUUAGGACUCCGGCCAGUAUUGAUUUGCUGACACUUUGAGAGAUGCGUCCCUUAGUUUCCUAGCAUUCCAUCCAGGCUUCUGGGUGCAGGCAUUAAUGUGGCUAAGUUUUGUUUAAUCCGAUAGUUAGGAAACUGGGUCCUGAGGCCACCUGCGAGAGAAAUCCUUAUUCUUUAGCCCCUGUAACCGAAUGACAUUUGUUUAAGGCUCUUCUAAGGUAGGUGCCCCCUCCCUGGGGCUGCAGGUUGCUCUCCGCCUCACAGGCUGUUAGCUACAGGCCUGCUUUCCUGCUUGGCUUUAUGGGUGGGGAUGUUGCCCUAGGCAGGGCUGGCCUGACCCGGAG